AUGGCAAAAGCAAGAUUAGAAUUAUUUAUUGAACAGACUAAGGCAAAACAACGACACUGUGCAAUAAGCAGGUUAGGACUUGAGGUCCGAUCUACAUACUAUGUACUACAUCACGGGAAGAAAUCACAGGCUUGGGGCUUAGCAGCAACAGGUGGAGGCAGAGGAGUUUGUCUUCCAGAUUUUCAAGGAACAGAGUAG